GAACCUCAAUUAUCUCUAAAAGAUAUAUACUUACUCGUCAAUUUUUGAAAGUUUUUCAUAUUGACUUUUUUGGUAAAUAGCAACACCAGUUUGUUUCAGUUCUGUUAAAGAGAGUGCAAUUUCCUUCUGCUUUCCUACAAUAACUGCAGGAAUUUCUCGACCGUAAAUGUUAACAAAUUUGUCAUCCUUUCUUGUAGCUUACCCAAAUUCAUCUUCGUCCAUAUUUAUUUGUUGCUGAACAAACACGAAGAUGAUUUUUAUUCAGAACCGGUUUUGAAAAGAUUUUAUUAAAUUAAGUAGUAGUAUUUUAAUUGGUAAAUAACCAACGUUGACCACUUUUUAGGUUAUGUGAUUAUUAGAAAGGGCAUAAUGGAAGUUAUGGGCACAGGAACAGGUUAUGGGUGUGAAAACAUGACAAGACAAAAAAGCGGUAAAUUCAAACGAAAUGCAUUGUUUAUUUUAUUUCUAAAUAAAAGUUUAAAAAUCUGUUUCUACAAAUAAUAACAGUCUGUUUAUUAAAAUUAUUUACUUAAAAUGUUUCCAACCCAACUCAUCAUGCAAAUUAUUCAAUAGUAUAUAUUACAUACUGAGGUGGGAAGUGAUUCAUUACCAAGGUGAAAUUUGAUGACCGCGGCGCUAAGCCGAGUUACGAUGAAGCAACGACCACUAAGGUUCGUAUACUAUUUUAUUCACAAUCAUCCUCCUUAAAGAACAGAAAGCCAACAAAGAAUUUAUCAAAUUUUCAAAAACAUGACAUGGCAAUUCAGGCUGGGAAGUGGCCAUUCCCAACCUGAAUCAUAUCACAUAUGAACUAAUAAGGAAGUGACAACUUCCCAACAUGAACCUGAUAUUUCAUAUCAAUUUAUUAAAUGAAGUUGAAAUGUCAUACUUUCCAACUUUUUCACAUACAAGUUAAAAUAUAAUUAACGUUGCAGGGAAUACUGCUUUCAGAAGAACAUAUUUAUUGUUAUUACUACAAAAUACACUAAAAGCAAACAAGUAUAGUUUUUAAACACCUAUAGUACCUGAAAUAUCACACACUUAAUGGUAGUGAUAAUGAUAACACUGUAUUAGUAAAAAUUUCGUACAUAAUGUUUGCAAAAAUUUUUCUUCUCCUAUUUUUGCUCAAAGGAUUUUCCGAAGCACAAGAAUGUUUAAGUAGAGAUUAUGACCAUGGUGGUACUGUAUGUGUUUGUAACGCGACCCACUGCGAUACAAUUCCAAAACCCGAGAAAGUAGAACCACCUGAGCUUCUGGUCUAUACUUCCAAUAAAGCUGGUUUAAGGUUUCAUCUUGAAAAGAAAAAAUUUGAACCGUCGUAUCUUCUGGAUAAUCAGAUUAUAAUCAACCCUGAAAAAAAGUACCAAACAAUUCUGGGUUGGGGUGGUGCUUUUACUGAUGCAACUGGAAUAAAUAUCGCUUCCUUAGAAGAAGAUGUUCAAAGGAAGCUUCUAGAAUCUUAUUUUUCUAAAAACGGUAUUGAGUAUAGUUUGUGUAGAGUACCGAUUGGUGGCACCGACUUUUCGGUCCGUGCUUACUCGUACGACGAUGGUGAAGAAGACAAAAACUUAACCAACUUUAAAUUAGCUGAAGAAGACCAUCAGUAUAAAAUUCCAUAUAUUAGAAAAGCAUUAAAUUUGACUGAAAAUAAUUUAAAAUUGUUUGCUUCUGCUUGGACUGCACCAAAAUGGAUGAAAACCAAUGAGGAAUAUACUGGUUUUGGAUUUCUUAAAGAUGAAAUGUUUCAAACUUGGGCUAACUAUUUUGUUAAAUUUUUGGACAACUAUCAAGAACAAGGAGUAGAAUUUUGGGGUAUAACAACAGGAAAUGAACCUAGUUUAGCUCUAGUGCCUUUGAAUCAAAUCAAUAACGUUGGUUGGGAUGCCACAGAGAUGGGUAAAUGGAUACUAAACAAUUUAGGACCAACAAUCAGAAAUUCAACACAUUCAAAUAUCAAAAUAAUGAUUUUGGAUGACCAAAGAUUAUUCCUUCCAUGGUUUGUAGACUUGGCUCUUAAAGACAACACCACUCGGAAUUACGUAGACGGGGUUGCAAUACAUUGGUAUUUAAACAAUAUCGUUCCUAUUACAGUUGUAAAUGAAACACAUUCGCAAUUUCCGGAAAAAUUCAUUUUAGCUACUGAAGCUUGCAAUGGACCUCUCCUAGGUGUAGGACCUGUAGUUUUAGGAUCUUGGGACAGAGGAGAAUAUUACUCAGUCGACAUAAUUGAGGACCUGCUGAAUUGGGUCGAAGGUUGGGUUGACUGGAAUAUGGUACUCGAUUUGACAGGUGGACCAACCUAUAUCAACAAUAACGUUGACUCACCCAUAAUUGUAAACGCGACAGCUGGGGAAUUUUAUAAACAACCCAUGUACUACCAUCUGGGGCACUUUUCAAAAUUUUUGCCACGGGAUUCAGUAAGAAUUGAUGUAAAUAAUACUAGAGAAGAAAAUGUCUUGGUGGUGGCGUUUCAAAGGCCAGAUAGUGCUACUGCUGUGAUAAUUUUAAACAGAAAUGAAAACGUGGUAUCUGUGAGUGUUGUUGAUCCUUAUAAGGGCACAGCACAAUUAGAAAUUAGUGAAAAAUCAAUUACAACUCUGCUGUACUGGUAAACAAUUUUGAAAUUAAAUAUUUGCAAAUGUACUUAAA